AUGCACGGUUACUUUGGACCAGUGCCUGCAUGGUCACCAGCUUUCUUGCCAUAUCCAGAUGGAACCAAUAAUCCAAGCAACAUUCAGCAAAACGUUGGUUACUCAUUUCAAUUUGGGAUGGGACCUUCGAGGCCAUUUAUCGCUAGAAGCUCUGCAACGAGUACAGAAGUUGGUCAAGAAGAUAGACCUGAUUGUCUACAAACUGAAGUGCCAUGUACUUCUGCUAGAGUAGAUGAAGAAAUUUUGUUGGAUAGAUCAGAUGAACGGGAAACUGACGAUGGCACUACCGGUACACCACAGGUAGUGCCAUCGUCAGAUGGUGAUGAUAUCAUUGAGGAACCAAAAUCGGGGAUGGAGUUCAAUUUGUUUGAAGAUUUGUUCAGCUAUUAUAAGCUUUAUGGUAAAAAAUGUGGAUUUGGGGUGAUGACACAAAGGAGUGAAAGGUCAGAGGAUCAGAGUGUGAGAUAUGUGACCCUCGGUUGUGCACGGGGAGGGAAGGCCCGAAUUAAGAGUUCUAAUCUCGCCAACCCACGUCCGACGGGAAAAACGGACUGUAAGGCAAGAAUUAAUGCCUUAAGAGUCGAGGGAAAGAUGCGGUUGACAACAGUGCACAAUACACAUAAUCAUGGCCUCAGCCCAAUGAAAUCCCGCUUCUUUCGAUGUAACAGAGAAGUGAGUGAGUCUGUUAAAAGAGUCCUAGACACAAACGACUUAGCUGGCAUCCGAUUGAAUAAGAGUUACGGAUCUCUUGUCGUUGGAGCGGGUGGCUUUGAGAACCUCCCAUUUUUGGAAAAGGAUUGUCACAAUUACAUUGACAAAGCACGACAUCUACGACUUGGUGCAGAUCCACGUAGUCGGGCAGCCUACCAGUAUUUUGGAGAUGUAGUUACAUUUGACACCAUAUACCUGACGAAUAGGUAUGGGAUGCCAUUUGCACCAUUUGUUGGUGUAAACCACCACGGCCAGUCGAUUCUUUUGGGAGCUGGGUUGAUUUCCAGUGAGGACACGGAGACCUUUACAUGGUUAUUCCAAACCUGGUUGCAGUGUAUGGAUGGUAUAGCUCCAAAGGCUAUUAUUACCGAUCAAGACAGAGCAAUGAAAAAUGCAAUUGCUAUUGUCUUCCCAGAAACUCGACAUAGGUUAUGCCUAUGGCAUAUACUGAAGAAAGUUCCUGAGAAACUUGGGUCAUAUGCUGCAUAUAGAAGUGGGCUGAAAACUCAACUGAUGAAAUGUGUGUACGACACACAAACUAUUGAGGAUUUUGAGAAAUGUUGGGCCGAGUUUAUUAAUACAUAUGACUUAAAUGACAAUGCAUGGUUGAACAGUUUAUAUGCGGAGCGUGAGAAUUGGACAAACUUGAAGGAAUUUGUCGACCAGUUUGACAACGCGCUGAAGAAGAAAAUUGAGAAUGAAAAUCAUGCAGAAUUUCAGUCAUUUAGCCAGGUCAUUCCCUGCAUAUCUAGAUCUCCAAUUGAAAAGAAAUUCCAAGAGUUGUACACUAACGCAAAAUUCAGGGAAGUUCAGCAGCAAGUAAUAGGUGUGCUCGAUUUGGAUCUAUCUCUACUUACAUCAGAUGGUUUAAAGAAGAAUUAUUUGGCAGAAGAUGAAGUUCGUAUUGAGGAGUUCACUAAAAUGGUUACAUAUUCAGUGGAUUUUAGUGAAGAAGACUGCAAUGCUAAGUGUUCAUGUGGGUUAUUUCAGAUGAGGGGGAUUCUGUGUAGGCAUAUUUUGGCCGUAUUCAAAUCUAACGGUAUAAAAACAUUGCCACACUGGUACAUUCUAGACCGAUGGAGGAAGGACAUUAAGAGGAGAUACACGUUAAACCGCACUAGCUAUGAUGCAGGGGAUAAGAGGCCAAAUGGUAAUAGAUAUUCAAUUCUGUUGAAUAUGUGUUAUGGGAUGAUUACAUAUGCGGCGGAUUCUAAUGAGCAAUUCGAAGAUGCAAAGAAGAGGAUACAAGAGAUGACUGAAUGUUAUCGAGAGCAAACACGCAACAGAUCUUUGACCCAAACAGAUUCGAAUGCUGGUUAUAUGACAAUGGACACAACUACAGUUGCUGGUUCACAACAAGUCAAGAGUCCACUUGUUGUCAGAGGGAAAGGAAGACCCCCAUCUCUGAGAAGAGCAUCCAGGAUGGAGACAAACAUACGAAAGGUGAAAGCCAAACAGAAGAAAGCUCAAGCCAGGGGGAAAGCCAAACAGGGAGAUGAGAGUUCCAAUGUUGGAGAUACACUAGUCAUUGGCAGGCGCAGGAAUUUAUUUGGGCAAUCUGAAGUGGAUAUCACCAAUCCUGAACAAGUACAGACUGUUAUAGACAGCUCUGUAAUUGACAGUAGUGGAAUCCAACACCAACAAACAGUGAUGGGGUUCACUGCAGAGCAAGAAUCAAUGUCCAUGGAUGUGAUACGGAAAGCAUUUCAAGCAACAGAAGAGGGUUUUAUGUCUCUUGUUACCAAACAAUGGUCAUUGAAGCCACAAAUUGCAGCCGUUGGGUCAUGUGCUCUAGUUGGUGUUAUUUGUAGUGGAACCCUUUACAUUGCCAACCUUGGUGAUUCCCGUAUAGAGUGGUGA